AUGUUUUCGUCGCCUAUUCGAAGUCGGCUAGGUUCUCAACUGAUUUUGAUUACAGGAAGGGAAGUAUGUUAUCAGUUUGCAAUUCCUGGGAUAAGGGAAGUAUGUUAUCAGUUUGCAAUUCCUGGGAUAAGGGAAGUAUGUUAUCAGUUUGCAAUUCCUGCAAUUCCUGGGAUAAGGGAAGUAUGUUAUCAGUUUGCAAUUCCUGGCGAAGUAUCAAGCGUGACUGCUAUUGAUUUGCCGUCAUCUGGAAAAGGGAGAGAGCGGGGAGUUGGCCUUGAAGUAACGGAGGAGGGUAGUUAUGGCCGGUCUAUGUGUCGAUACAACAAGGAGCUAGCUAGAAGAAAAUUUAGCCAUGUAGUUGGAAGAAAGGAUUGCUUGGAUGAUGGUGAUAGUUGA